CAUGCUGACGAGUGGCGGAUCUUCCAAUUCAAGAAACGAUAAAAAUGGAAAUACUAACAGUCAGUGGGGUGGAUUAAUAGCAUUGGGGUGGGUGCUAUCUCCCUCGCUCUGUCUCUGAGCCCCUUCUCAAAACAGUAACCAGACAAAAGCGCCUGCGGCUUUCCGCAGCCGGUGCCGGUACUGGGAGGGACUGGGGAAGCAGAUGGAUAGAGCUGGUUCUCUCCCGUUCACUGCUGGGUACAUCGCGGAGGUUCGAGGUUUCUGACUGUGGCGAGUUCCGAUAGAGAAACAUUGUAUCCGAUUGAUUGUCUGUUUAGUAACAUUGUUACAAAGAAAAAGGUUUUUUUAGAGGGUGGAAAGGUUUGGAGUGACCUGCCGGCAAAUAUGUACAGGAUGCUGCUCUAUGCCUCUGGGGCAAGUGGGACCUAAACCUGGGCCUCCUAAUCCAGGGGGAGAGACACUACUGCUGCAUCACAAGAGGCCCCACUGCACAUGCAAAUGGGAUGGUGAUGAAUGGAGCAGUCUCGUUUGAAGCUGAGAUAACAAGCUGGGAAAGAGGAUGUUCACCUCGUAACCGAAUGGAGGCAUCGUGCCUUGAGCUUGCCCUCGAAGGGGAGCGACUGUGCAAAGCUGGGGAUUUCAAGGCUGGAGUGGCAUUCUUUGAAGCAGCCGUGCAGGUUGGGACAGAGGACCUAAAGACUUUGAGCGCCAUCUACAGUCAACUGGGCAAUGCCUACUUUUACCUGAAGGAGUAUUCCAAAGCUCUGGAAUACCACAAGCAUGACCUAACACUAGCCAGGACCAUUGGGGAUCGGAUUGGUGAAGCAAAAGCCAGUGGCAACCUUGGAAAUACACUGAAGGUACUUGGAAGCUUUGAUGAAGCAAUUGCUUGCUGCCAAAGGCACCUGGAUAUCUCAAGAGAACAGAAGGAUAAGGUUGGUGAAGCGCGAGCACAGUACAACAUUGGGAAUGUUUUCCAUGCCAAAGGGAAACAGCUGUCCUGGCUCAGGGCCCAUGACUCUGGGGACUUGCCUGCUGAAGUAAAGGAAACUUUAGAGAAGGCCACCGAAUACUACAAGAUGAACCUUAAAAUUGUUCAAGAGUUAGGAGAUCGGGCAGCUCAAGGCCGAGCCUAUGGUAACCUUGGUAAUACACAUUACCUUUUAGGGAACUAUAACGAUGCAAUAGCAUUUCACAAAGAGCGUCUUUCAAUAGCAAAAGAAUUUGGGGAUAAAGCAGCUGAGAGAAGAGCUUACAGUAACCUUGGGAACGCGCACAUAUUUUUGGGAAAAUUUGACAUGGCUGCUGAAUAUUACAAGAAAACACUUCAGAUAUCCAGACAGCUGAAGGACCAAGCAGUUGAAGCUCAGACCUGUUACAGCCUUGGUAACACUUACACACUGCUGCAGGACUACGAGAAAGCUAUUGACUACCACCUUAAACAUCUCUCGAUUGCUCAAGAACUUAAUGACAGGGUUGGUGAAGGGAGAGCCUGCUGGAGCCUGGGAAAUGCGUACAUGUCCCUCAGAAACCAUGAACAAGGGCUGCACUUUGCUUCACGACAUCUAGAAAUCUCCAGAGAGGUGCACGCCCAAGAAUAGUGUCGCGAUACAGCACGGAGAACAUGAAUGUGGCCAAGUUUUCUCCUG